AAACCAAGAUGGCUGCUGUCGGGACUGGAAGCCAUAAACUUGACUGUAAAGAUCUACACGGGUAUUUGCGAUCAUUGUCGCCAGCAAUUUUGGACAGAUUGUAUGAUAAUCCUGCAACAUGUUUAGCCGUUUUCAGGGAGCUGCAUCCUUUAUCCAAACACUAUGUAAUGCGAGUAAUAUUUGUCGAUCAACCAAUCUCAAAAUCAGCAAUAUCAUCAUGGGUGUCCAGUCCACAUCAAGAGGAUCAUAAUCAAGCGUCGCGUGUAUUAAGCGAUCUUCGAAUAUGGCAUGAUCGCACAUUACCAGGUGGUCUAGCAGGCUGGAUACUGAACCCCAUCUUUAGGAACAACCUCAAGACUGCAUUACUAGGGGGUGGGAAAUCCUGGUCGAGUACAGAGCAGCUGGGCUCAGAUAAACAUGCAAAGGAUAUACAAUUUUUAGACAGCUAUGCAAAGGAAAGGUGGGAGUGCAUUCUUCAUUUUCUUGUGGACUCCAGGGGUGUGGAUGGUCUUAGCAAAGACAUUGCUACUGUAGUUACCAGCUCCGGCUUAAUGAAGAUGCAUGAAAAUGAACCACGUCCAGUCAUUACGCCUGCUGGAUUUCAGUUCCUGUUAUUAGAUACGCCUUCACAAGUUUGGCAUUUCAUGUUACAAUAUUUAGAAACAGCUCAGAAAAGAGGUUUAGAUGUUGUCACAGCUUUGUCAUUUCUAUUCCAACUCAGCUUCUCAAAAUUAGGAAAGGAUUAUUCAACAGAUAGUAUGACUGAACCACAGUUACAAUUAUUACAACAUCUUAGGGAACUAGGCUUAGUGUUCCAGAGGAAGAGGCAAGUUCAACGUUUGUUCCCCACUAGUUUGUGUCUUUCUAAAAUGGGAGUACAGAGUAGUAAACAAGAUGGAUAUAUCAUUGUUGAGACUAAUUACCGGGUUAAUGCUUACACCAAUUCAGACCUUGAAAUAGAAAUACUUGGUUUAUUCUGUGAAAUGUUAUAUAGGUUUCCAAAUUUAUCUGUUGCACGUCUAACAAGAGUCAGCGUCCAAUCAGCAGUAGAUCAUGGUAUAACUGCUGAACAAAUUCUACACUACCUACGAACACAUGCUCACCCAGACAUGCUAAGUAAGACACCUGUUAUACCGUCCGUUAUAAGUGAUCAAAUUAGGCUGUGGGAGCUUGAACGAGAUAGAAUUAAUUAUGCUGAUGGUGUGCUUUAUAACCAGUUCCUGUCUAAUAGAGACUUUGAGCUUCUCAGAGACUAUGCAAAGGAUCUUGGUGUUCUUGUAUAUGAAAAUGCAGUAAAGAGAGUAAUAAUAGUCACACCUUCAGGUCAUGAUGAGGUCAAACGAUUUUGGAAACGUCAGAGGAACCAAUCAAAUAACUGAUCCGUCAGUUAUUUUAUGAACGUCCAAAUAGCAGAUACUAAAACAAUAUUAUAAACAUUCCUUUUGUGCAAAUUCUGCAAUAACAGAAUUACAGGAAUGUAGCUUUGUGUAUUCGCAUCUCCUGUUAAGUUGAAGGAUAGUAAGGUGGAGUAAUGUGCUAUACUGAAUUGCACCAGUAAAUUCACAAUGCACUAUUAAAUGGUAUAGUUGACUACUGGUUUAUUAAUUUUCGAAAACUCUGUAUUUGGGUUGUUGGCACUUUUGUGACCUUUGUAUUCAGAAGCCUACAUCACCCAUAUGCAAAAAAUCAUUUAUAUAUUAUGGAUAGAUGAAUUAUAGCUUGAUUUUUAAAUUACUCGGUGUUCUGUGUCCGGUCAAAAAUAUUGAAACUUAUCAGGAUGCAAGUUGAGGAAAUUAAGCAUGCGUCCCAUUUGAUACAUUGCGUUUGUGCGAAUUUUGCAUUAAAUUAUCAUGUGUUCUGUAUACUAAUAUCUGUUAAGAAUACAGAUAUCACAGAAGCCUGUAGUACGGAUCUGUGCGUAUACCCACACGGUCUGCUUUGUUUGCUGGCUAUUUCUUUCUGCGCAAACAAUAUUUGCUACUCUAUAACUAUAGACUACUGUAGUAACUCCAGUAUAAGCUCACCUUUACUCAAAUCCCAGGGUAUGACGAAAGGGGUGCAAGCCCAAAUUGGCCAAAUUCUGUGUUUAUACUUUUAGUAUAUUGCCUAUCGUCUAUUAUUUGGUCACCUUGAAGACCAAACAUGUGUCCCCGUAAUAGUGGAGUCCGGAAUUGUUAAAAAUGUGCUUUCCUUGUAAUUUGUACAAAGGAGGGCUUUGCUGUAGUUUAUUCACUUCAAAAAAUAUAUUAAUGAUUUUGUAAAAUUAAUAUAUCAGUACAGUAAUGAUCAGUAACGGUUUAGUUGUCAUUGUUUAAAACCAUGUAAUGGUUAACAUAGUAGUGAGUUAUUUCAUAUUUUAUUUAAUUUGUUAAUUUAUUAUUGAGCAAGAGAUACCUUGUACCUAUCUAUGUUUAUACAUUUUAUAUAUUUUUUUCUCAAUAAAAUUAAGGAAUGAUUUGAUAAUAACCGGUUUCCAGCAUUGU